AUGUGUCUUAGAUUUAUCGUCAGUCGCGAAUAUUGCAGUGAAGCUCAAGUUAAAAGAACUUGGUUGUUAAUUUCUCAUUAUGCGACUAAUUUUAGGGAUGAAAUCAAGAGAAGACGUGCACUUCCAAUUAAAGCUCAAGCCGAAAAGAAUGGCGAACUGAAUCAAGAAAAUUCGCUGAAUUUCAAAGAUCGAAUGACGAUUGAAGCAAAUGAGAGUGCAGUGAAGAAAUCGAUUCAAGGUGAUGAAACUCCAACAAUCGCUCCCAAAGGAUGA